AUGAGGGUUGUUUUCCUAGGUUCAAGAAUUUGGUUCUUUUGGUCCCUUGUCUUGCUGAGUAUCCUUGGGAUCCUGGCUGCCUACACAACAAUGCUGGUGGUAUUUGGAUUUUUGUUGUGUUGGGAAAAAAAUGAACUAUACCUGCACUGGUAUCAUAAGAUCAUGGUUCUGAUAGUGAUUCUGUUUUGCUCGUUUUUGAUGUGGAUUUUAUUAACUUUUUGGAGAGAGAGAUGGCUCACCAUUGGGCUGUCACUGCAGGUCUUUGCUCCCUACAUACACCUGAGCAGCAUAUCUGCAAUGGUUUUGCUUUCCUGGCCUGUGGCCUUCUACUUGAUCCAUUUGGAAGGAGAAGCUAGAAUGAGAAGAAACCAGGAUACUAGUGAAAGAAGAAGAAACAAGUGGUGUAAUAUGCUCACAAAGUUGAGAGUUCUGCAAGUGGUUGUUGGAUUGCCCUUCCUUCUUAUCCUUUUAUGUCUCUAUGUGGUGCCAUUUGGGACUUACUCUCCCUGUGUUCAGGAGAAGGAUAAAUUAGCACCCAAACCGGAUUUCUUUGGUCAUAGAGGUGCACCCAUGCUGGGACCUGAGAAUACCAUAAUGUCCUUUGAGAAAGCUGUUGAACAAGGGGCCCAUGGACUGGAGAGUGACGUGCAAAUAAGCCUGGAUGAGGUGCCUUUCCUCAUGCAUGAUUAUGACCUGAGAAGAACAACCAAUAUCUUGGAAGUCAUGCCAAAUGCCUCUGACGAACAGAGUAGCUUUUUUUAUUGGGAUUUCCUGUCAACUCUGAAUGCAGGCAAAUGGUUUGCAGAUUCAUGGAUCAAACCAUUUUUCGGUAUGAAACCUCUAUCAGAGGCUGAUAGGGAAAGAGCAAGAAGUCAGAAGAUUCCAAAACUAAGUGAAUUAUUGCAAAUUGCACGGAAGGCCAAAAAAAUGGUGAUAUUUGAUCUUUACACUCCUCCACAUUCACAUCCUUCGAGAUCAUCAUAUAUCCGCCUUGUAGUAAGCGUGAUCCUUGACUCUAAGAUUGAGCAGCAUCUGAUUAUUUGGCUACCAGGUUCUGAGAGGGAUUACGUCAGGAGCAAAGCUCCUGGUUUUCAGCACAUUGGCCGGUUAUUCACCAUCGAAAGACUUACAAAAGAAAAGAUCACUAGAAUAAAUGUUGACUACAAGAACUUGUUCUACGAUGGGUUGAAAGAAUAUAAAGCAGCUAACAUCACCAUCAACAUAUACCUCGUCAAUGAACCUUGGCUCUUCUCACUGGCCUGGUGUUCCAGUAUUCAUUCAGUGACAACAGACAACAUUCAGGUCCUAAAGGAGAUCAAUCACCCUUACUACUUCAUGACACCAGAUUUCUAUAUGUUCAUGUGGAUUUUCUUGGAUAUUAUUUCUGCAGUUUUCAUUGUUGCCAUAUUUUAUUCUAUUUGGUUGCGAGAAAGCCGAAGUGAAAAAAUCCUCCAAGGUAUCACCAGUUACACAGGUAAAGUCAGAGGCCUAGCACCCUCCCAUCUUUUCAUCCCUACCCAUUGCCUCCAGGAGGCAGGGCCUGCCUUUAAUGUUCCUGACAAGAAUUGA